AUGUUCAGGCCACUGGCCCAGAGUUGGCGGGACCGCCUGCCCAGUGUGGCUCAAGUCUGUGUGAGAAGCACCAGCAGGGGCAUAUCACUAGCCCAAAAAGUUGCCGUGAUCACAGGCUCCACAAAUGGGAUCGGCUUAGCCAUUGCCCGGCGUCUGGCCCAGGAUGGGGCCCACGUGGUCAUCAGCAGUCGGAAGCAGCAGAACGUGGACCAGGCUGUGACUGUGCUGCGCGAGGAGGGGCUCAGCGUGACAGGCACCGUGUGUCACGUGGGGAAGGCAGAGGACCGGGAGCGUCUGGUGGCCACGACCCUGGAACACUGUGGGGGUGUGGACUACCUGGUGUGCGUGGCAGGGGUCAAUCCCCUGGUGGGCAGAACCCUGGGGAGCAGCGAGCAGAUCUGGGACAAGAUCCUGAGCAUCAACGUGAAGGCCCCAGCCCUGCUGCUGAGCCUGCUGUUGCCGCAUAUGGAGAAGAGAGGGCAAGGCUCAGUGGUCCUGGUCUCCUCCGUUACAGCCUAUAUUCCAUUUGUCAAGCUGGGUGUUUACAAUGUUAGUAAAACAGCCCUGCUGGGCCUCACCAAAACUCUGGCAAUGGAGUUAGCACCAAAAAACAUCCGAGUCAACUGUAUCGUCCCCGGGCUCAUCAACACAGACUUCAGUCAUAAGGUGAGGACCAGAGACAGCUUGUUCAUGGGGCUAUGUCAACCUCACCUCCUCUUUCCCUGCAGAACUGGGCAGCCAGAAGACUGCGCAGGACUUGUGUCCUUCCUAUGCUCUCAGGACUCCAGCCAAAUCACUGGGGAGAACAUUGUGGUGGCUGGCUACUCCCCCCACCUCUGAGGGACCUGAGCUUGAGCCCAGGGAUUUGUCUCCCUGCAGGGCCCACCAUGCUGCAACAUAUCAUGGAGGAUGAGCCUGCACCCCAAAUGCAUACUUUGGUUCAAAACCUUCAUUGCUAGAAAAAUAAAGGAUAUUGGGGAAAAAAUGGGUUUGUGGUAUGAAACUGUUAUUCAGAUCAGCCAAAAUACUUGUCAGCUUUGUCUCUUGGGAGUCUGGGGAAAA